UGCAUUAAUUCUUACUCCAAGAGUUGAGCAAAUAAAAUUUUUUUCUUAUUUUCAAGACCCUAAAAAUGUAUUUUUUUUAAUGAAACUUUAUUUUCGUUCUUUUCAAAAUUGAAUAAACGAUACAGCUGGUUAAUUUUGCAAUCAAAAGGGUCAAAUGUCCUAUAUUUGUUUGCAAAAAUUAACAAGGUCGCCGAACAAAGCAUUUUUGCAAAACGAAAACAUUGCAGAUUUUUUUUAAACAAUAUUUUUUUAAUUAAAAGAUAAUUUAGUAAGUGAAUCACUUUUUAGAUUGUCGAUUUAUACCAAUAACCUUUGAAAUUAUACAAACUCCUAAUUUAACAAUUGAAAUUUGAUCCAACUGCACCGUCAAACUUCAACUUAUCCUAAUCCAUAUUCAGUUACUCUUUCCUUGCAUGCUACCUAGCUCCUGUUAUUUAAACAUUAUAAACUUAAGUGAUAUCUAAUUUGCAUAAUUAUAAUUCUAUGGUGCAAUUAAUUAUCUGUGAUGUAAUUAUUCUGGUUCAGUGUCGUUUCAAAGAAUAAGGACAGGAUGUCUUUUAAACAGACUAAUUGGCGUAGAAAGUAAAUAGUGAAUUUUACCAAAAAAAAAGUGAUUAGAACCCGUGUGUGUACUCAUUAACCUAUGGGUUUCCGAGGAAUACAGAUCUUAUGUGUGACAAGCUUUUAAAAGAGAAAGAUGUUUUACUCAGGCUUGUUUCUGGAGAGAAUCAAUUUUUAAAAGAAGUUCUUGUUUGUUGUCAGGCCCCGUCCUUCUUUGAGGAAACCUUGAUUGUUUUAGCUGUUACACUUAUAGGAAUUUGUUGGGUAUCUCUUGUACUUCUUGUAUUUCUCACCUACUCUGAAGGGAAAACUGUCAAAAUGAGAGCAAGGCGAAGAUCCCGAAUUAUGAAUGAGGAAGAUGGAUUCUUUGAUUCGUUACCAACUAAUAUGAUGGAUGGUAUACCUAUGACAGAAGAGGUUGUUCGUGGAUUUGCAGAGAUCAAAAACCUGUAUGACUACCUUCCAAGCAUGUAUGCUGAAAGGGCAGCUGUAAAAAUAGCUGUAGAAUCAAGAGAACCUGAUUAUGAUGAUCUAAAAUUUGACAACGAGGCUGAAACUAUCUGGAGAUCAAUAAUGGAAUCCCCAAGGAUGGAGGAGGAACCAGAUCAACCGAUGGAAACAAUCCCUUUAGGUUAUGAAGUACCAUCCACAUCUUGGGGAAAUCCUUGGGACAAUAUCAAGAUAAAAAUCAGAAAACUGAGUGAAAUGAGAAAAAGUGAAAGCAACUCUGGCAGUCUCAAUAGUUCAUUCAACAGAAGAGAUAUUUCUACAGAGAAAAGGGAUUCAAAUUACAAUGACUUAUCGUAUGCAAACUCUUCUUUCGGAAGGACUUCUGAAACUAUUCAGCCGUUCUCUAAACCCAGUCAGAAGUGCAAGAAGUUGAGCCAGGCCUCUAUAUAUUCAGGGUUCAGUGUCAGCUCUAUCAGUUUAAACGAAGAGAUAUAUGAUGAAUUACCAAAGGGCCAGAAAAGUAUUUUAAGAGCAAAAACGGUUCAUGACAGGGAGAGAAGAUACAAAAGAAAACGAAGGCAUGGAGUUUCAUUUAUGGAGGAACAGCACAUACAUAUGGAGACAUUUAGUGAAACUGGAACAGUCUAAAUUGUGAUGACACAAAUAAAUAUUUUCUACUUUUUUCUAUAAAAUCUUCAAUGCGGGAUUUACUGAUAAACAAUCAUCAAUAGGUUCAGAAAAAAGGGGCCAAUUUGAUGAAAUAAUUUAAAGGGUUUUCUUAAAUACUAUUCUCCCCAUUCUUUUUAUUCCAAUGUACAAUUUUGCGGAUCUCAAGUUGUUUUUGUAAAUUUAUUGUCUGUAUAUAGCUUAUUUAUCUUUUAGGUUUUGUAGAUUAGUUUUUUUAUCUAUUAGUUAAAAUUAUAUAAUAGUUUUUGUUUUGAAUAAAACAUAAUUCAAAGCAUAA